GCUGUGCCUCUCGUCACCCCCUCCUGAAAAUUAGCAGGCUGCAUGAACAUGGACGUGCAGGUAGCGCCGCUGCGGCCCUGGGGUGAUUUCUUCCCGGGCUUUGACCGCUUCGGACGACCGGACUUUAAAGACAUCUCCAAAUGGAAUAAUAGAGUGGUGAGCAACCUGCUGUAUUACCAGACCAACUACCUGGCCCUGGCCGCGGCCGUCAUCUGCCUGGUGGGGUUUUUAAGUCCUUUAAACAUGCUCCUCGGAGCCACGGUGGUCACCCUGGUCUUCAUGGCAUUCGUGUGGACAUCACACAAUAAGGAUUUUGUCCGGAAGUUUAAGAAGCAGUAUCCCACGCUCUUCGUCAUGUCCAUCAUGCUGUCCAGCUACUUUCUCAUCUCCAUUUUUGGAGGAGUCAUGGUCUUUGUGUUUGGGAUAACGUUCCCUCUUCUCUUAAUGUUCAUCCACGCGUCUCUGAGGCUCCGCAACAUAAAGAACAAGCUGGAGAACAAGAGCGAAGCCAUCGGCUUGAAGAAGACUCCAAUGGGGGUUGUACUCGAUGCCCUGGAACAACAGGAGGAAAAUUUUUCGAAAAUAGCUGACUUCAUAAGUAAAGUGAAGGAAUAAACCUAACGGCGCCCCUUCACCGACAGACCCCCGCACUCCUCCAUCUUCUACCAUUUGAGGCUAUCUUUAUCUUUCAGUUGUGUGUAUUGGGGGCAGCACCUCACUGCCAUCUUUCCUUCCCUAUUCUCUUGGUCCGACAUGGAGACCUGAUUUUGUACUGUGUUUCUCGGUGUGGCUUGGUGGCCCCUCUGCUGGGUCAACAAUGGGGCCAGCUUUUUAAUACCUUAUCAUAGCCGACAGAUAUUAGGUCUUAGAAAAGCGGGGAGUAGCACUUCACCCAGUCCGGUGUCCCCUUCACCCCCAACAACCCCUCUCUCCAUAAUAUUAUUAGUGUAUAGAAAUGCUAAUUGCACUUGCUUUGGAUACAGAGGAAUGUCCAGUUUGCCUUUUUCAGGAAUCCACCCCCUGUUUUUAAGGCUCGUGUAUCUAUUUUGUUAUUUUAGGUUUUUCUUCUUUUCCUUCCGGUCAUCGCGCUUGGCCGUGUCUGUUACAGAGGUUGUAAAGAAUAAGUGACCAUUGGUGAAAGGGGCUGUCGGGGACAAAACAAAUAAAGUUUAUUUGAGAGAGCACCUGCCGUUUUCAUGUUAGGCUUUGUUCACAUCUGCGUUGAAGGUGCCGCUGCAGAUUCCAUAUCACAAAUGCCGGGCUCCCUUGUGAAAACCCAACGGACCUCGCUAUAGUCAGUGGGGUCCGUCCGGCUCGGUUCCUGUCAUCGAUGCAACUGAUUUAGCACUUUUGGAUCAGAACAACAGAAAUGGCGCAGAUGUGAACAAAGCCUUAUUCCUAGCAAUUCUCUAACCUUACAUAUGUCCACAGAUGCACCCAGCAGUCUAAUGGGUUAUUGUCUCCCUGGGAGAUAAGCGGUGCCUUCGGCACUUCCUAGUGUGCUUGUUUCUUGGUGAGCGGUGUCAGAAGUCACCGUGUAACUGUAGAAGGGCACCAAUGUAUAAGUCCAGUUUCACACGAGCUUCUUCGGUCCGGGAGACUCAUUCUGUGUGACGGCCGCAUUUUCCGAACUCGCUGUAUCUUAGUGAUCUGUGAUGCUCUGAGUUCUUACUUGACUGCAUGUCUACUCGCAGCAUUAUGUGACUGCAGAACAGUAGAGCCGCGGUCGGUCCAGUAAAUGUCGCCAUCACAAGGAGGGUGUUUCCCAAACAGGUCACGCUUGUAUGAAGCUGGCCUUACUCACUUUAAGGCUAUGGACACCUCCUGGAGCAAUUAUUUUUAUUUUUUUAUAAUUGCAUUUUACUCAUUUUGGGCUGAAAAUAAUUUUUUCCAAUUGGUCUUUAUUCAAAAUUAUUGACCUGUUCUGAAACAAAGGGUUAACUUUUUCUAGCUGUGUGACAGGUACUUUCACUUUCCCUUUCUAAUAAACCUUAUCUGUAAAUUACUAAAAGGUCAUAAAGACUUAUUUAAACUGCAUUCUUAUCAGUAGUAUAAGAAUUGAGCUAUAAGAAGUAUUUAUAAGGUCGUAGAUAAGGAGCCGUCAGCUGAGCUGCCUGACUGAACACAGUGAAAAUUCAGAUCCUGCUACUAGAGAAAGGCAAGCCUGCACAGAGAAAGGGGUUCAAAAUGUUUAAUAAAGACCAAUUGAAAAAAAAAGAUUUUUAGCUGAAAAUGAGUACAAUGCAAUAAUUAGAAAAAAAAAAAAUGUGCUCCCAAAGGGGUCCAUAGCCUUUAAAUUACAAUGGUCACGACUAGUUCUCUUCGAUAAACUAAAAAAAAAAAUAUAUAUCUUGACAAACCUGCUAUCCCAGUAUCCCAUAUUAUUACCCCUGGUCUAUUCUCUCGGCUAGCACGCUAAUAACCGAUGCAGGAUGUAGCGCCGGUGCAUGGAAAACCCAUUCUGUAGGAGCGUUUAGGAAUGGAGCUGACCCCUCUGAAGCAAGUGUGGCCCUUGUUGAAAAAAAAAAGAAUGCUGACUAUUGGUAAAGUCGUGUGACGCGUGUAAGAUUGACAGAGGGUGCAAACUGGUUGCCAAAUGGCGCUACUUUCUUCUUUAUCACAGUUGUUAGUUCAUUAACUUUAGAUGUGACGGAUAAGGAAACUGACACGAGGGACCACUGGAAAGCAAUGGCAGAUCAGCCGAUCACACGGCCACCGUUCAGUGCAUAACGGCUGCCUCAGAAAAAUAGGUUGCUUGAACAGUUUGCUGUCCCUUUAAUUUUUCUGUAUGUUUAAUAAUGUAAUUCUAUUUUAGGUUAAUAUUUCUAUAGUAUAUA